AUGCAAUACCCACAACUCUGUCGCCUCCACCACGAGGAUGCACUCUGCCUUUUUGGCAAGCCCAGCAAGCGACAAAGGCAGGAACAGAGACGGAGAGCUCGGGCGGAAGUGCAGCAAUGGAGUCCAGCGGGGACCCAGCCCUCGAGGCAGGAGGGGGGGCAGCAGAACUGGCUGUUGGGGGAGGCCCAGAAGCCACAAGCAAGGGAGCAGCAAGUGCGGCCGGCGGGAGGGCAGCAGGAGCUGCCGGCGAGAGGGGAGCAGCAGCUGCUGGCGAGAGGGGAGCAGGAGCUGCCGGCAAGAGGGGAGCAGGAGCUGCCGGCGAGAGGGCAGCAAGAGCCGCAGGCAAGAGGGCGGCAGGCGCGGUCGGCAGGCGAGCAGCAGGUACUGCCAAAGGGAGAGCAGCAGGAGCGGCCGGCGGGAGGGCAGCUGGAGCUGCCGGCGGGGGGGCAGCAGGAGCUGCAGGCAGGAGGGCAGCGGGAGGUGCCAGCGGGAGGGCAGCAGGAGGUGCCAGCGGGAGGGCAGCAGGAGGUGCCAGCGGGAGGGCAGCAGGAGGCGCCGGCGAGAGGGCAGCAGGAGGUGCCGGCGAGAGGGCAGCAGGAGGUGCCGGCGAGAGGGCAGCAGGAGGUGCCGACGAGAGGGCAGCAGGAGCUGUCGGCUGGGGGGCAGCAAAUGGUAGAAGUGGAGAUGGCCGAGCUACAGCCAGAGGUGCAGCAGGACCACUCGGGGAACCGGGCCCGGCCACACGCAGGAGGGCAGCACGAGCCGCCUGGGGGAGACCAGCGUGAGCUGCCAAGGGAAGAGCAGCAGGAGCUGCCGGCAAGGGAGCAGCAAGCAAGGGAGCAGCAAGCGGUAGAAGUGGAGAUGGCCGAGCUACAGCCAGAGUCACAGCAGGACCAAUCGGGAAACCAGGCCUGGCCACAGGCAGGAGGGCAGCAGGGGCCGCCCGGGGGAGAGCAGCUUGAGCUGCCAAGGGAAGAGCAGCAGAAGCCGCCGGGGGUGGGGCAGCUGCCGGCAAGGGAGCAGCAAGCGGUGGAUGUGGAGAUGGCUGAGCUACUGCCAGAGGUGCAGCAGGACCAAUCAGGGAACCAGGUCCGGCUGCAGGCAAGAGGGCAGCAGGAGCUGCUGGGGGAGGAGCGGCAGGAGCUGCCAACAGGAGGGCAGCUGGGGCUGUCGGGGGGAGGGCAGCAAGAGCUGUCGGAGGGGGAGCGGCGGGAGCUGCCGGCGCGGGGGCAGCUGGAGGUCGCUAGUGCGGACUCUACAAGCCAAGCGAAGAGAACCCGGGCACGGAGCCGAGGCGAGAGACGACACGCCCGUAAGACGCAAGGCCGAACUGGAAGCGGAGCUGCCGCCCAGCAGGCGGAGGGGCAGCCGGGGGCAACCGAGACACCCCCGGGAGCUCCGCGGGUUGGGGGGCAGCCGAGGGUGCCCGGGGCACCCCAGGGAGUGCAGCAGGCAGGGGGGCAGCUGGGGGUGCCCGGGGCACCCCAGGGAGUGCAGCAGGCAGGAGGGCAGCCGAGGGUGCCCGGGGCACCCCAGGGAGCACAGCAGGCAGGAGGGCAGCCGGGGGUGCCCGGGGCACCCCAGGGAGUGCAGCAGGCAGGGGGGCAGCCGGGGGUGCCCGGGGCACCCCAGGGAGUGCAGCAUGCAGGGGGGCAGCCGGGGGUGCCCGGGGCACCCCAGGGAGUGCAGCAGGCAGGAGGGCAGCCGAGGGUGCCUGGGGCACCCCAGGGAGGAGUGCAGCAGGCAGGAGGGCAGCUGAGGGUGCCCGGGGCACCCCAGGGAGUGCAGCAGGUAGGAGGGCAACCGAGGAUGCCUGGAGCACCCCAGGGAGAGCAGCAGGCUGGGGGGCAGCCGGGGGUGACCGGAGCACCCCAGGGGGAGCAGCAGCUAGGGGGGCAGCCGGGGGUGACCCGAGCACCCCAGGGCGAGCAGCAGGCAGGGGAGCAGCCGGGGGUGACCGGAGCACCCCAGGGAGUGCAGCUGGCAGGAGGGCAGCCGAUGGUGUCUGGGGAACCCCAGGGAGUGCAGCAGGCAGGAGGGCAGGGAGUGCAGCAGGCAGGAGGGCAGGGAGUGCAGCAGGCAGGAGGGCAGCCGAGGGUGCCCAGAGCACCCCAGGGAGAGCAGCAGGCAGGGGGGCAGCCGGGGGUGACCGGGGCACCCCAGGGAGCGCAGCAGCCAGGGGGGCAGCCGAGGGUGCCCUGGGCACCCCAAGGAGCGCAGCAAGCAGGGGGGAGAUCGAUGGACGACCAGGAGCAACAGUUGGAGGAGUGGUGUCGACUUCUGGAGCUUGAUACCCCCAUGGCGACUGCGGAGGAGUCAGAGGCGGACAAAGAACCUCCCAUGCCGCCUUCCCCAUGCCCCCGCUUCCCGUGCGACACGUGUUUCCACACUUUCGCUAUGCGGGGGGCCGCUGCGAACCACAUGAGGGUAUGCCGAGCGGCUGAGGCGGAGAGGCGUGCACAGGCUCUCGGCUCGAUUCCGUCUCUAGUGGAGACGGACAUGCAGGAGCGAUCAACGCCGCGGGAAUUUGGGGACGAUGCGUGGGCUGGGGUUACGUCAUGGGAAUGGGAAACAUUUUUCAGUGUGGAGGCGGUUGGAGGGAGGACAGUUCGCCGGAUCCCACAGCGGGCCAGGUCGGGGGUCUUAGACGCGCUCUGUUGCAUCCUUAAGCGCUUGAAGAGCCAGCCGGGAGAUGAAGCCGCUACCCUCCUACUCUUGGCGUUUCCGCGCCUCAUCCUAGCCAUGCCUCCCAAGCCAGGCAUAGGUCAGAAGGCGCUGAUCACAGAGCGGUUGGGUGCGUUCUGGGAUGGGAGGUGGCGGGAGCUGUUCGACUCUGCCAUGGCGGCAGCGCGGCCAGCAGUUCGCCCACUUUCCUACACUCGCUCUGACCAUGACCCGGAUGCCAUCCGCCUGUCACGGUGCCGAUCUCGGUGCAAAGUGGGGGAGUGGAGCCGAGGAUUGGCCUGCCUUACAGCAGGGGAGUUGGCUCGACCGUCUGAGGUCAUGGUGCAGUCGCUGCGAGAGAAGCACCCAGCUAGCGCAGGCGAGGUACCACAGUGGGUCCGCGAUUUCACCAUCGAUACCGCUCAGCGGCCUUCACUCACGACCGACAUCCUGGCCAGAGCUAUCCAUACAGCCGCUCGAGCCUCAGCAGCAGGGCCAUCGGGGUGGGUCACAGAGCAUCUGCGCGACACCUUCCUUACUGAACCUACCUGCCUCUCCCACCUGUUGGAAGUUUUCAACCAAUGGGUGGCGGGACAGGUCCCCGAGCGGGCUCGGCCGUGGCUCGCCGCUUCCAACCUAGUCAGGCUUUCCAAGCCUAACGGCGACGUCCGGCCGGUGGCGAUCGGGGAGGUGCUUUCUCGUAUCCUUGCUCGAGCUCUCUGCAUCUCGCUCCGCCCUGCGAUGGUUUCCUACUUCCUGCCGUGCAACCAGCUGGGAGCGGGCACCAGGGUCGGAGCGGAGAUUCUCACUCAUUCUUUCCGGUCAGCGCUGGCCACUCACCCCGACUGGUGUGCGCUACUGAUAGAUGUCGCAAACGCCUUCAAUUCGUUUCACCGUCAUGUGAUGUUCGAUGGGCUGCAGGAGUCGCCUUUCUCAGGGAUGAUCCCAUUCUUGCGUGUCUUUUAUGGGACACCUAGCGACCUGUACCUCCGAGCGGGCCCUUUUGUACAGAUCCUCGAGUCAGCACGGGGAUCGAGGCAGGGGGACCCGCUCGGCCCUUUUCUUUUCGCGUUCACGCAGCAGCAGGUGAUGGAGCCGGUUACUAGGGAGUUCAAGGACCUGCUUUUCCUCAGCUAUGCAGACGAUACCUAUAUUUUGGGGCCAGCGGCUAGGAUUCUGGAGGCUUUUGGGGUGCGGCGGGAGCGGUUGGAGUGGGUAGGGCUGGAGGUGCAGGCGCACAAGUGCCGGUUUUGGGAGCGCGAGGGCAAGGAGGUGGAGCGGGCACUGCCAUUGGGGAUGCAGCGGGUGGAUGAGGGUCUUACUGUGGUGGGCGUGCCUAUUGGAGAGGAGGUUUGGGAGGUGGUCCGGCUACGGGAGCGGCUUCGACAGUUGCAGGCGCCACUGCCAUGGCUCCCCUUGCUCGACCACCCCCAGAUGGCUUCACACCUCCUCGCCAUUGCAGUUUCAGCGCGGCCGAUGUACCUCGCCCAGACUAUGCCGCCGCAUCUCACAUUCACUGCGGCUGAGUGGGGCAUUGCUGCUGCUAUACGGCUCGGCCUCCCAAUUCAGCAGCUGCAGGUGGUGGGGAGGUGUGUUUGUGGCACAGCGUAUGUUGACCCAGCAGACCCGCACCAUGCCCUGAGAUGCAGGCACCAGCAUGGUCCUUCUCGGGUGCAUGAUGAGGUGAAGUUUGCGGUGGCGAAGAUCUCUAAGGCGUCGGGGGGGGUGGUGACAUUGGAGGAUAGUGUGGUGCUGCAAGGGAAGCGGGUUGAUGUGGCGGUGCGACGUCCAAUGGCUGGAGAGGCUCACGCCCUAGAGAUCAGCGUCGCGGACCCGCUAUCGCUGUUUCCAUCAUUGCUGGGACAGUGCGAGCGUCAAAUAGGUGUGGCGGCAAGGGAAUGGGAGCGUCGCAAAACGAGUGAUUACGCACCUCUGCUUGCACGCAACCGGGGCGUGCAGUUCACCCCUUUGAUAGUUGAGACGUGGGGGUGUCUCGGCGGUCGUUUUCAGCGGUGGCUUCGUCAGCAGGGGGAUGCGCACGUGGGGCUAGCUGUGUCGCGGGGGGCUUGUCGAGAGGACGACUCUGUGUUUUCGGCUUAUCUUUUAGGGUCACUGAAGGCGCUCAUCGGGGUGGCGUUACAACGUGCGCAAGCCCGUGUCAUCCUGCUUUGA